AUGGGGGAGCUCUUCACUUCACCGACCACCCUUUUCCUCUACAAAGAUGACCAGACACUGAGCCAAGGUAAUUUCCAACUGGCCGCAGAGGAAGAUCAGGCAACGAUUCUGGAAGUUCUCUCGAGACAUCCCCUACUGGAGUGGACACGGAACGCUUCGGAAGAACCCUCCUGCCGAAUCCCUUUAUAUUCGGCAUUCAACGAGGAAAUAAUGCCCUAUUUCAAACUUCCCCCGAGGGAACUGCGAUGUAAAGACCGCGAGAUACAUUUAUCGCGGGUUAGCCUCGAAGAAAAUGAACUAGAAAUCGCCGAGUCGGCGAGAGUAUACAGUUGCAUUGUUGAGGAUGCCACCCGAGAGGGGGACGACGCAAUCAAAUUCGAGAAUGCCCGUCGCGUUGAAGUUGGGCUGCAUCCCCUGCGCAAACGAAGAGGUCUGCAAGCGAUUCGAGUGUCUUGCGAAAACUUCCUCGGCCUGCCGGUGUACUCUCACAUUCAUCUCGUUCAACCCGAAUUCGUUCCUCGGUCCCGCGGCGACUCAGACGGGCCGAGCGCCGCCUCCAAGAACGUGUUCAUGUUCGGAGUCGAUUCUAUCUCCAGCCUAGCCGCGGUUCGUCUAUUGCCACGGACGUAUCUCUAUCUAGUGAAUAAUUUGUCGGCCAUCGUCUUGGGGUCUCAUCACAAAGUCGGCGAUAAUACGUUUCCGAAUCUCAUCACUAUCCUGACCGGGGAAAAAAGAACACACCCAGCGAGUAGCGAGCAUGAGAAAGAUCAAUUUUUCGACUCUUGGCCUCUUAUCUGGAGGAAUUUCUCCGAUGCUGGAUAUGAGACAUUCUAUGGAGAGGACUUUCCGGCAUACGCCACGUUCAACUUUCUCGCGAAAGGUUUCAAGGAAUCGCCGACAGAUCAUUACUUGAGACCCUUCUGGUUGGCGAUCCAAGAAUCCAAAGUCCUCCGCAGCAGCUCCAAUUUGUGCUAUGGCGCCACUCCGAAGCAUGAACUUCAACUUGACUAUUUGAAAGAAUUUAUCCGCAAAAAACGAGAGAAUCCUUAUUUCGCAUUUAGUUUCCUGGUCGAGAUAUCGCAUGAAUACCAAGAACUUGUGGGCGUUGCCGACGAUUCAAUUGUUGAGGUCUUGGAAGCCGUGCGUGCUCAAGUGGUCUCCGGCGAGACUGCGCUCAUCUUCUUGUCAGACCACGGUCAUCGAUUCGAUGCCAUACGACAAACCCGUCAAGGGCAUCUCGAAGAACGCCUGCCGUUCGUGGCUAUAGCAAUUGCCGAUGCCGCUCAAAAAUCAAUGCUCCGCGACAACAGCAGAAUGCUGACGUCUCAUUACGACCUCUUCGAAACGCUCAGAUCGUUCUUGCCGAAAUCCCACCGUCCGGCUCCGUCAUCAGUCGGUAUUGACCUUCUCUCGCAGAACGUGCCGCGGAACAGAACCUGCGCUGAGGCUGGCGUUAUCGACUCCUAUUGCGCCUGCGCCGAAGAGGACUCGAGCACCUCAUUCAGCUCGAAUGGAUACCCGGAUCCGGAAAUUCAGCGUUUCGCAAAUAGAACUGUCGAUUUCAUCAAUUUUCUGCUCCGAGAGGAGCCAAAAUGUUCACGACUCGCUCUCCGGAGUGUAGUGUCAGUUUUCUCUAUAGGGGGCGAAGAAGUGUUCACGUUAAAGACUAGUCCUGGAAGUGCCGUAUUCGAAGUUAGAGUAAAAAGCCUCACUGACGAUUUGCGAGAGGAUCAGCUGAGUCGCAUCAAUCGUUACGGAACGCCUUGCAUACCUAGUGAAAUACUCCGGAAAUAUUGUGUCUGCGAAAAAUGA